AUGCCGAGCUUCGUGCCGGUAUUGGAUCCAGAGAAGGCUCGAUUUGAACAAGACGAAGAGUCUCUUCGCAAGCACCGUCAAUUUGACACGCCUUUUGCAUUGCUUCCAAAGGAUCUGAACAACCCUAAGGAGAAGAAGGAAGAGUUAAAUCCGAUUGCAAGACGGUCAGAAGAGUUGUACCAGGAUGAAAACAAGCUUUGGAAGAAGAAGCGCGAGGUUUUCGACAAAGCUCAAACAUGGGGCAAGGAAACCGGUAUUUGGUCGAAUCCAGAACAGACUCGCGACCAAGACAAACGGAAGUACAAGCCCGGCGAAGUGUUUUGGGGUGCGAAAGGCACAUUUGGUGGUAAACAGGAGGAUAGCGGCCUUCUGACUUUGCAACGUGGCGAAGUGGAUCAAUCUCUGGAGCUGAAUGAGAAGGGCCUCUGGGUUCGAAAGAAGCGGGCGAAAGAGGAGGCCCCGGGCCUGUCCGAAAGCGCCAAGCAGCUCCUGAAAACGCCGAAGAACGGCGAGGACCCGCGACUGGAGGCUGCCAAGCCACGUGGUCGUGGCACUGCAGAUGCAUCUGAAAAGGCGCUUGAGGCCUUGCAGGAGCGACGGCGUUUGGAGCGCAAAGUGGCUGACGACCGCGGUCGUGGAGGCCGCGUGGACAUCCGGACCACGGCGGCGGCAGUCGGCCGUGCAAUGGUUGGGGGCCGAAGCUCGAGCAGAGGGCGAGAAGCCGGUGCUGCCCUUUGGUCCAAAGUAGGCUCUGGAGACAGUUUGGAGGAUCUCUUGAGCGGGAAGGCCGUUCCAGGCAAGUCGAGGUUGACCGGCUACGCCGCAACUUCGACGGGUACUGGCAUGGAUUUCGACGAGGAGGCGAGGAAGCUGUGGGCGCGUUUGAACUUGGAUCCUUCGAUCAUAUCGAAUGGUCCGUACAACGCGAUGGACGCCUUGUGGCAACAUCCCGAAACGCGAGCUGUCUUCUAUGUGGGCAACCAGACGGCUGCUUCAAACCUGUCCUUGCUGCAGAAGAACGGAGUAACACAUGUUGUGAACUGUACGGACAAUAUGCCCAACUACCAUGAGAACACUCCCGGCAGCCCUAUCACUUAUUUCAGAUUUGACAUUUCUGGCUUCCACCGGCUGGUCAAAACUGAUGCUGAUGCAGCGCGAUUUGUUCAGCCGAUGCUGGAUUGGGUUGGUGCAGCGUUGGCCAGUGGAAGGAACGUGAUGGUCCACUGUUUGGCCGGUGCUCAUCGGGCAGGAACUACAGGCUGCAUCUGCUUGAUGCACUUCGCAGGGCUUAGCGCCAAAGAAGCAGUUCCGGCUGCAAAGCGCUGUCGUCCGAUCAUUGACCCCAUUGGUGACUUUCCGGAGCUUCUGGCCAAGCUGGAACGCAAGUGGAGAAAGGCUCAGCUUGGCAUGACCAACAAGGCCAAGAAACCUGCUGGGAACACGGGGCCCGUGACAACGCUGAACAGCAGCUCCCAGCAGUGCAAGCCGAGCAAGCGUCAUGCUGGCAUGAAGAGAUGGCAGGGUGUCCAGCGAACGGACGAAGAGGCCAAAGAGGUUGUGGAGAAGGCUUUGGGCUCCUGCGCUGUGGGCCAGACCGCAGCUCCGAUUCGGAUAGAGCCUUGUGCCUCUCGCGCAAAGAGGAACCGGAGCCCCUCGCCCGUUGUUGCUCCGAGCAGCCCUUCGGAGGAGCCGGAAGAUGACAAGUUUGAAGCCGCUUGGAUGGACUCGGGCGACGAGCGCGAAGCGGCCAAACUUAACGAGAAGCCCUCAGGAGGAGACGUCGUCGUCGACUUCUUCUGA